AUAUGUGUACACAGCCGGAAGCACAUGUUACAGGCGAGGUGACGAAAAUCGUAACAACUGUCCAAAAGCAAAAUGGGUAAACAAAAAAAGAGCAAACGACAGAAAACUAUGAAACAUAAGCAGCUGCAAUACCAGGAAGAUAUUUACACAAAGGCUCCACAUUCUUUUGUGUUCAAUAGGGGACAUGUUGGUAAAAAUGUCGUACAACUUAUAAAGGAUAUGCGCAAUGUGAUGGAACCUUUCACAGCCAGAAAUCUCAAGGCAAGAAAGAAGAACUCUAUGAAAGACUUUGUGAACAUCGCUGGCGUGUUAAAUGUCACACACUUCCUGAUGUUGAGCAAAACAGAAAUAGCAACCAAUCUGCGGGUGGUGCGGAUCCCUAGGGGCCCGACUAUGACAUUUAAGAUUCACAACUACUGCCUUUGUAAGGAUGUCAUUUCGUCUCUGCGGAAGCCAAACCUGGAACGGAAACAGUUUCAGUAUCAUCCUCUGUUAGUGAUGAACAACUUCGGUGGCGACGAGAUGCAUACCAAACUCCUAUCUUCAAUGUUCCAGAAUAUGUUUCCUUCCAUAAACGUCAAUAAGGUUGACUUGAAUACAAUAAGACGAUGUGUACUACUGAGCUACGAUCCAGAAACCCAGCUAAUUGAAUUCAGGCACUAUAAUAUAAAGGUUGUGCCAGUUGGAAUGACCAGAGCAGUUAAAAAGCUGAUAAAGACGACCGUACCAGAUAUGAGCAAGUUUGAGGACAUCAGCGAGUAUAUAAAACAGGGAGGUAACUUGUCUGAGAGUGAAGCAGAGCUGGACGGGCCAGAAAAUGAGGUUGUGUUACCCCAGACCAUAACUAGUCGAGGCAACAUCAAGUCUACCAAAAGUGCUAUCAGGAUGACCGAGCUGGGCCCCAGACUAUCUCUACAGCUGGUGAAGAUUGAAGAUGGUCUUUGUGACGGUAAAGUCAUGUACCACGACUUCAUCAAGAAAACGGAUGAAGAACUAAAGAAACAAAAGAAAUUCAGAGAUAAAAAAAGGAAAUUAAAAGAAUUAAGAAAAAAGGUGCAGGAUGAAAAUGUGCAGAAAAAGGAAGCUGCAAAGGUGGAUCAUAAGCGAAAGAGUAUUGCUGGGAUGAAGAAGGCUGAAAACCCUGAAAAUGAAGGUGAAGAGGAGAUGGAUGAUGCGGCGUACUACAAACAGGAAGUGGGAGAGGAACCAGAACCAGAACUUUUCUCCAGCAUGAACGCCAAACGAAAAAACAGGUCGGAUUCAAAGGGACCACCAAUGAAGAGGAUGAGGACAGAUAAACCAUUCGAUGGAAACAAGAAAAUGAAUAAAAAGACAGAUUCAAAAUUCGAUAAAAGUAAAAAUUUCAAGUCAAAGGACAAAGUUCACAAACCCAAAGGGAAACCUGGAUAUAACAAAAAAGGCAAGGAUUUCCAGGGAGGAAAAAGGACUGACAAAAAGUUUAGACAGAAGAGAUAAAAAGUGGUACAUCUUAGACUUAAGUUGUAUUAAGGUGUAUCUUGAAUUUGUGUUCAAGGAUUAAUUAAAAAGACAGCACUGGACAUUGGACGAUAGGAAGACGUGGUAGCUAAUAGGGUUGGACUAGUUCCUUUAUAAUACACUAAUAAAUUCUUAUUACUGUUUUACUAGUGAUAAGCCUAGGCCCAUUAUAUACAGAUCCUGACUUUUAGAAUGUAACAAAAAUGUGAUCCACCGCAAUCUAUCAAGAAUCUUGGUGAUCACCAAUUAUGCUGGGAGUCGUCAAAAUGUGUAUAUAUAUAAAUUCUACACUCUUGGUAAUUUUAACUCUUUGCCUGAUUUGCAAUGCAGUUAUUUGCCCUAUUUCCAGUCAUUACUGGUAAGUAAUAUUACAGAAGUUUGUUGUUGUUUUUAAUUCAAAAUUUGUUAUCUAUUUCUUAAAUGUAAAUUUGCAUCAUGAUCAUUUGCAUCUUUAUGUCUGACAGAAUUAAGUCCCAGAAAACAUUGUCCGCCAACAUGUACUACAAAAACUUGCCUCAAAAAUUCGUGAAGUAUGAGUAGGGGUUACCUCUAGCAGCAGGCAAGGAAUUAAAGAAGGUUUAUAUCUGGAAAUAAGCUCUUCCUACAUCGGGAGCAAUACCAGUUCCUAUCGUAUUACGCUCAUAGAGGCGAAUGUUUUAUUUUGGGUAUACUCAAGGCUGUCCGUCUGUAGGAACAGAUUGGUCUGCUGUAUCCACACCUGUCCGUCUGUAGGAACAGAUUGGUCUGCUGUAUAUAUGGAAUCUGUCCUUACUUCUGUCAGCGUCUUUCUUGAAAUCUUUGGUAGCAGGACAGAGCCAAGCACACUAACUACGAAAUGACCAAUAAAAUAUUUUAUCACGA